GUGGUGGCGAAUUCAAAAUUUCGCCCCAAAAGAGCCGUUCCCGCGUGGUCCGUGAAAGAAUUUCGAUGACUCGGUUGUUUUAUUAGUCAAAGAAAAUUGAAAUUGCCAGCGGCGUCUCUGAUUGAGGAUCUGUUUUAACAUUCUUUCGAGUGUGCUGUGGUGCACGGUGCUGGUUACUACUGGAGAGCGAAAGAACCGGAACAAUUUGUUUGACACCCCCUCCAUUCCAGUGAAUUUGUGUUUUCGACUCCGCACCUUGGAAUACUUGUGCCAUGAAUUCGAUUUUAUCUUAUUUUAAUACCCUCGGAUGGCGCAGCAGAUCGCUCCUUAUCGUCGGUGGAGUAGCGGUUGGGACGGAGGUAGUUUUCGAGCUGGUUCUGCAGAUCCGCAGAGCCAUCAGGAAGCGGCAUGCUAAGCGGGAUAUCGCCGAGGUGUACUUUAUGAAUCGUCGCACACUGGCAACCGCAUUGUCCAACCCGGAAACCGUGCUCACGGAACACAUUGACCGGUUGGUCGGCAUGAUCGAUCGAGCCAAACACUCGAUUAGUAUCGCGAUUUACCUGUUCACUGCGGAACAAUUGCGGGAUGCCCUGAUACGCGCGUACCGGCGCGGUGUGAUCGUACGGAUCGUAACCUGUGGCAGCAUGGUGUACAACGGAAGCACGAAGCUCCCAGAACUGCUGAACGAAGGUAUUAUUGUGCGGUACAAAAAAGAAACACAAUUCUUAAUGCACCACAAGUUUUGCGUACUGGAUGCCGAGUGGCUGUGUGCCGAUUGUCUGGUGAAGGAACACAGUAAAACGAUAGGAAAACCGGUAAAAGAAAUGGAAUACUCUCUUUUUGAUAAAGCAGUUCGCACGGAUCUAGGCCGGCUCCGGAGGAUGUUUGGGGUUUCUUGUGGCCAAUGUGAUCGUAGGAAGCGUGCAACAACAAAGAGUUCCUCCGACGAUACUGACGAUCCCCUUCCACCCGGGGGCCUGUUGAUCGCUGGUUCCAGUAACUGGACGUUGUCCGGUUUAAGCUCAAACUGGGAAAGCGUGUUUUACAUGUCGCACCCGGUUAUGGUGCAAGCGUAUGCCCUCGAAUUCCAACGGCUGUGGUACGAGCUGGACGAUGACUUACAGUACACCAGGGGUACCCUUGAAAAUGGAAUUAGGAACAUUUACGAGUAACCAUCACUCAGGUUCCGGCCCAAUAUUUAGAUAUACACGUUCCAUUCCAUAAAAUUUCUCGCUCUCAACAUCUGGAUGCCAUGCCACGUUCCUUUUGAUGCCCUAAGGUCGUAGAAAACAUGCGAAUCUCACGUACGCACAUAAUGUUGCAUAUAAAUAUAAAAUAAAGAUCUACGGAUUCUACUA